CAGCAGCUUGCAACAAUAGUGAAAGCCGCUACAGUCAUGUCUCCUUCAACGCUCCCUUCGCUGGUCUAUCGGCUACCGCGAAUCUGUGCCUCUUCCUCCUCAGUCCUCUCCAUCUACCGCUGCCAUCGCUCGUUCUCCGCUGCGAAACCGGCCUUGAGCUUCUCGGUGUCGCAUUACCACGACCAUGCCUUAUUCCAUACGCCUCUCGGAUCUCUACCUCAUCCUUCACCACCUCGAUUAUGCAGAGAGUAUUUCCUACGAUCGUCACUAUCUUCCCGUCAUCCAUCUCACCGGCAGCAUUAUGCAUUUUCCUCGUCAGCCAUGAGUGCGGCAGCCAACGUCCUUCAGAACCCGAGAGUCGAUGAAGAGGGGAAGGAACUGUGGAUUAAUAUAUCCCCCCGAGCUGCAGAGCGCCUCCGAGAGAUCACCGACCCCUCCACCUCUCCAUCAAUCACAAAGGAAGAAAACCCCUACCACCAUCUCCGAAUCACAGUUACCAGCGGAGGCUGUCAUGGCUUCCAAUAUCUGAUGUCACUCGAACCCGCAUCCAAAAUUGACCCGGAAGAAGACACGGUAUUUGAAGCUGAGCCACAGCCCCAAGAAGGAGCAGAAGGAUCAGCCGGUGCCGGUGAAGCUAAAGUGGUCAUGGAUGAACCUUCAUUGGAACUUUUGUCCGGCAGCACGGUGGAUUAUACGAUGGAAUUGAUCGGGAGCCAGUUUAGCAUCGUGGAUAACCCGAGGGCGACGAGUAGUUGUGGUUGCGGGACGAGUUUUGAUGUUAAGGAUUAAGUGGAUGAUAUAUUUUAUAUGCAUAUCUAUCUGGAUUCUAUAAGAUAGGAUUUGUCGAUUUUUUUUCUUUCUUGGUUUUGUAGAUGCUUCAGGGUUCUAUAUCCAGGAUCUGAAUAUAUUGCAUUGUCGGGAACAUUCGUCCGCUCCAUAGAACGCCUGUCUCAGAAGAAUGUAUUCCGAUUA